GUUUGGAAGAGAGGCCCUGUGGACAUAGAUCAGACCCAUCUGGCCUUCUGCUUUUGCGCACUGUACCCACAAACAGCAGAAACAAGUUUGUGGAUGGAUUUCUAAAAACGGAUGAAAGACAAAGAUUAGCAAAGGAAAGAAGGGAAGAAAGAGAAAAAUACCUUGCUGCCAGGGAGCAGCAGAUCCUGGAGAAGGAGAGAAGAGCAAAACUUCAGUAUGAAAAGCAAAUAGAAGAAAGAUGGAGAAAACUUGAAGAACAAAGGCAAAGAGAAGAGCAGAAAAGGGCAGCGGUUGAAGAAAAACGGAGACAGAAGCUUAAAGAGGAAGAGGAACGUUUAGAAGCUAUGAUGCGCCGUUCCCUUGAACGCAGUCAGCAGCUGGAACAGAAACAGAAGCGAUGGUCGUGGGGAGGAGCACUGGCUGCAGGCUCAGGGAGAGAUGCAUGUGACAAACUUUCAGCUUCUACAAUGAAUCUGCCAAAGCAAAUGGAGUCACCAAUCAGUAAGCGACUCUCCUCCUCCACAGCGGCAAUAACACAUUCCCCUGACAGAGCUCACCGCAUGCACCUUAGUCCAAUGGAAAAUUUUAUUGUUUCUCGACUCUUGACUCCUACACACUCUUCUUUAGCCAGAAGCAGAAGCACACUAGUGCUGUCUGAGCAGUACAGUGACUCAGUAUUCCAUAUCUGUCCUCGUGUAGCACCAGCUAGUCCUAUAAAAUCUCCCUACAAGCCUUCCCCCACCCGAAGCACAGAAAAAAAGAAGGCGACAUCAGCUUUUGCUUCUGAUGCCUCAAGAGGGGCAGCGGCAGCUGAAGUUACGCAGGCUGAAAAGAUAAAGAAAGAGAAGCGACCCACAACUCCUGUUUCAUCAUCUGGCUUGGGUUCCCCUCUGAGAAGAUCAGAUUCUCCUGCAGGCAUGUCCAAAAGAUCUGCAUCACCUGCAACACCCAAGACAGUUGCAAAAAAUUAUCCACAAUCUCCUAAAACUGCUAAACAAUUUCCAGCUUCUCCUGUGAAGCACCGUGGCACCUCUAAUCUUAGCCAGGAGACUCCUAAAAAGAAAGCAGAAAAGGAGAAAGAGAACACUGCUUACCACAAAGCCCAGGGAUCUCGUGCUGAAGAAGUGGGCCACACAACUGCUGAGAAACAUGUGCCUUCUACAGGAAAGACUGAAAGCAGUGAAGGAAAGCUCAUGGCAGGGACUACAGAUGCAGAAGAAGCUUCAAAAAUUUUGGCUGAGAAAAGGCGUCAGGCUCGCCUGCAGAAAGAACAAGAAGAAAAAGAGAAACAAGAAAGAGAAGAGCGUGAAAGGCUCGAGAGAGAGGAGCAGCAAAGAAAGGCAGAAGAGGAAAGAAUUCGUCUAGAGGAAGAAGCUCGUAAAAAGGAGGGGGAAAGAAAACGUGAAGAGGAAGAGACCAGGAGAAAGGCAGAAGAGGAAGUUAGGAAGAAAGCUGAGGAGGAAUGCAUGCUGAAGGAAAAGCAGGAAAAAGAGAUGCAAGCCAAGCUUGAGAAACAGAGAGAAGAAGCUGAAGCCAAAGCUCGAGAGGCAGCUGAACACCUACGUCUAGAAAGGGAACAAAUCAUGCAGCAGAUUGAGCAAGAAAGACUGGAGAGAAAGAAGAGAAUUGAUGAAAUAAUGAAAAGAACAAGAAAGAGUGACACACCAGAAGCAAAGAAAGAAGAGCCAAAACUGGAGACACCAUCAAUGCUGAAUGUGGAAAAGCAACUGAAAACCCUUGUUCUCAGUCAACCAGAGAUCAAUGGACUGAAAACCUGCCAGGAAAGUAAAAGCUUAGAAGGUGCUGCUACUGAAACACUUCCUCAAGAUGUAUUUGCUAAUGGACUUAAGUCAGUCCCAGGGCUUAUUCACCUGGAUGCCAUUGAUGGGAAAUCUAACAGCAUGGAUGAUUCAACAGAUGAGGUUCAGUCUAUGGAUGUGAGUCCAGUUUCAAAAGAAGAACUUAUAUCUAUCCCAGAAUAUUCCCCCAUGAAUGAACUGAUGCCCGGUGUUUCUAUGGACCAGAAUGGAACAAGUAAUGCCAAGGCUCUUGAAGAUCUCUUGGAUUUCACUGGCCAGGCCACUUACUCCAAGAUGUCCAGUGAAACUAUUAGCAUAGAUGAUUGUAACAAGAACUUGAUUGAUGGAUUUAACAGUCCAGGACAGGAAAGCACCCUUAACUCCAUCUGUUGACAGCCUUGCUACCCUGUGGAACAGAUAAAGACAGAGGUAGUAAUUUGUGGAGAACAUACAUCCCUGUGAUGCUGCUGGCAGUUAAAUAUGAGCUUGUCAUAUGAAAAAGCUUCUGCAGUCCUUGAACACUGGAUUCCAAAUAAUCAGAGCUGAAUAUAACUGUCUUCCCAUGUGGUAUGUCGGAUAACUGGCCACUCUUGGUAGAAACCAGGAAUCCAUAGAAUGGUUUCAGGGAAGAUUCAUUGUGCUUUAGAAUUUGAGCUUUAGCUGCUAAUAAAGCACUUUUUUUUAAGUUAAAAUU